GCAGACACACAGGCCGGGCAGCCGGGCAGACAUGUCCCGUUACACCGGGGGAGAGCCCGCGGAGAACGGCCUGGAGCAGCAGGAGGAAGAGGAGGAGGAGGAAGACCUGGACGAUGAGGUGGACGCGUCUCACCUGGAGAAGUUCAUGAGAGACAGGAGGAGAGCUCAGUCCCUGCCCACCUACCCGGCAGCGCUCCUGGACGGCGCCCCCGGUAGUAACGGGAGGAAACGGGUGAAGUUCGCCGACUCGAUGGGUCUGAACCUGGCCAGCGUCAAACACUUCAGCACUCUGGAAGACCCGCAGAUCCCCAGCAAGGUUCUGUCCCGGCACAAGAGCUUCCCGCCACCACAGCAGGACUCACUCACCGAUCUGUGCCAUAGUUUUAAUACCAGUCUGCAGACGGACCGGUUGGUCGCGUGCUUCCCGGAGCCACGAGACCCGGAGAGCAGAGUGCAAAAGCUCCGUGUCUGUCUGGAGAAGGUCUCCAUCACACACUUUGACGUGCGGGGGAAGAUCCGGGUCUUCACCGGCUGCGCUGACAGAGAAGUCGGAGUCAGGUACACCUUCAACAACUGGCUCACCCACGUGGACGCGCAGGCUCUGUCCGUGCCCGUGGAUCAGCCGGGCCUCGUAGGGGAGAGGUACAGCUUCACCGUGUACACGCCGCCCUUCAUGGAGCCCGGCACGGCUGUGCACUUCGCCGUUUACCUGAAGAGUGGGGAGGGGGAGUUCUGGGACAACAACGAGGGGCAGAACUACACCCUCAGGUACUACUGCAUAUCCAGCGGCACGUUUACCAGCGCUGCCUUCCACGCCACCUGACCGGCCUGUGCGUCAUGCAAAAGCUAGCUCUCCAUCUGUGCGUAAAAAACUCUCUAUCUGUGCGUAGAAGCUCUUUAUCUGUACGUAAAAGCUCUUUAUCUGUACGUAAAAGCUCUCUAUCUGUGCGUAAAAGCUCUUUAUUUGUGCGUAAAAGCUCUUUAUCUGUAUGUUAAAGCUCUUUAUAUGUACGUAAAAGCUCUUUAUCUGUACGUAAAAGCUCUCUAUCUGUGCGUAAAAGCUUUUUAUCUGUGCGUAAAAGCUCUUUAUCUGUGCGUAAAAGCUCUUUAACUGUGCGUAAAAGCUCUUUAUCUGGAAGAAAAGCUUUGAUAUCCAUCCGCUGUGCAGUUUUGUGUUCUGAGGUCAGGGAACUAGUUUCAUGCUGCAGUUUUUAAAAAAACACCAAAGAAAAAAACAUCCACACUGUAAAAAAUGUCCAUAGAAUUGACACUGAAAUGCUGUAAAAUGAUUACAUCGAAAAACCUGUAAAUGGAAAUACAAUGGAGCAUUGUUUACUUUACAAUGAUAUUUUGUAAAAAAUACUAAACCAAACAUAACUUUUAAUUUAAAAGAAAGAAUAUGUUAAAAGAAAAAACAUAUUUGUAGAAAAUUACCUAUGCAAAAAGCAAUACCAUGCAGUUUAAAUGACAUUUUUUGUAGAUUUUGAGGGAAAAAUUCAGUUAAACGAUUUAUAUUGUGCCAUGAAAUGUCUUAUAAUCUUAUAUAAUAUAUAAUCUUAUAUCUUAUAUAUCUUAUAAUGAGGCUUUUGCGGUUAAAUAAUGUUGUUUGUUUGGAUUUUUUUUAGUGGAAUUGGACUCUAUGUACAAUAAGCGACAACUAAGCUCAGGCGGCAUCGUGGAGUAGUGGUUUGCACCGUCACCUCACAACCAGAGGGUUCUGGGUUCUAAACCCAUUCUGUGUAGAGCUAGUAUCUAGGCUUCGGUUAACUGGUGACUCUACAUUGACCCUGUGAGUGUGAAUGUAUGUCUCUGCUCUCUCUCUGUGUGUGAUGGACUGCUGACCUGUCCAGGGUUGACUCCGCCUCUUGCCCAAUGACAGCAGGGAUUGGCUCCAGCCGCUACAGAAGAUAAGCAGGAUGGAUGUUUGAUGUAAAGUGGUUUAAUAACAUAAUGGUUGUGCUAAUUCAGCAGAAAUCCAAUGCAAUGCAAUUUUAAACAGUUUUUACACCCGUAAAAACGAUGGGAUUUUAUUUUUUUACAGUGCAGACAAUCAUCCAAAGAAUCCAAAGAUGCUCAUUAGUUCAUGUUCCCUUCAUUUCUACCUUUUCUACCUCUAAGGAUUCAUUUAUCUGAUUGGAAAACUCGUGUUUCUAAAGGACAACAACAACAUUUAUGGAUAUUCUUCUUCUUCUGUUCCACUCGGAUCGAUGGACUCUGGUCAGAACUCUUGCUGACAGUCAGAAACACUCACCUCUGCUCCUGGACUCCUUCUGUUAAUGAGAAUAAAAUAUGUUAAUGAGGCCGGAUUAAGCUGCUGUAGCCUCCUGAUAUAACCGGCCUCUUUAUUAGAUACACCUGUUUUAUCUAAUUCAAUCCAAUGAUGUUUGUUAGUGUCCAUGUGGUUUAGUUUAAAUUUAAAGGGUUAAAAUGUGAAAAUAAACGUAUGAAUAACUUGCA